ACCAUUUCGUCCGCCAUAUUGAAAUUUGAGCCCACUGACCUCACCGCUGACCAGAACAAUUCAAGAUGGCGGAUGCUGAGCAGAAAGUAGACAAAGAGAAUGCUGGCGAGGAAAAUACGAAAGCUGCGCCUAAAGUGAAGGAUCCAGCUCCUAAAGAUGGAGAUAAACAAAAGGUUGAAGUUCUCUUAAAAGCUGCUGGUGAUGCACCMAUAAUGAAAAAGAAAAAGUGGACUGUAGAAGGAAGCAAAACUAUCGCAUAUCUUAUUGAAUUUAUCAGAAAAUAUAUUAGAUGUGAGCCUGAAGAAUCCUUGUUUCUGUAUGUUGGACAAGCUUUUGCUCCUUCUCCUGAUCAAAUAGUUUCAAAUCUUUACGAGUGCUUUGGUGCAGAUGGUAAACUGGUUUUACAUUACUGCAAGAGUCAAGCCUGGGGUUAAACAAGUCAAUAGAUACUAUUUUUAUAGAAAUGAUUUUUUGUUUAGUUUUUGUAAAUAAUGUAAAGAUGAAAUAGUUGGAAGAAAUAUUAAGAUUAUGCAAAUA